AUGUACACGCUCACCAACAUCGCGACGCACCGCUUCUCCGGCCCCGAGGAAACAUACGUCCUCGACGUGGACCGCACAGAAGCGGGCCUCGUCACAAUCUCCUCGGACCAGCACCUCUCGCUGCUGCGCCCGGCACGACUCCCCGACGGCCCCGUGGCCUCGUGGAAGACGCAGCACGGCAACCUGACCAGCCUGCGCGUAUUCGACGGGAGCAGCUCCCUGGUGUGCACGGCAGGCGAGGACGGGACGGUGGCCGUGUGGGAUCUCAGACUGCGCGGGGACCAAGCCCGCGCGGCGCAGUUCAACGCCGCGCCGUCGCCCAUCCUGUCCGUGGCCUGCUCGCCGUCGACGCAGACCAUCGCCGUGGGCACCGAGCUGCGCGACCACACGGCGAGCAUCUUCGCCUGGGACGUGAGGGCCGGCGCCCGCCCGCGCGCGCACUACCAGGAGGUGCACAGCGACGACGUGACGCAGCUGGCGUUCCGGCCGGGCCAGCCGGCCUUCCUGCUGAGCGGCUCGACGGACGGCCUGGUCAACGUGUACGACACGCGCGUCGCGGACGAGGACGACGUCACGCUGCAGACGUUCAACCACGGCGCGUCCAUCCACCGCGCUGGGUUCCUCACGGGGACCGAGGUCGUGGCGCUUUCGCACGACGAGCAGUUCGCGCUGUAUGACGUGGACGAGGGGGCCGAGGGGGGCGACGCCGCGCAGAACUGGGGCGACUUGAGGAGCGUGCUGGGGUGCCAGUACGUCGCGGACGUGAUGGGCAAGACGGACGGUAGCGGUGCGAUUAUCGGCGCCGGCGCUCAGGAGAGGCAGAGCUUCGAACUUGUGUUCCUGGCGAGGAAUCAGGGCCACGGGCCGAAGUGGGUGUUUGACAGGGAGAACAGCGUGGGACUGCCCGGGGCGCAUGGGGAGGAUAUCGUGCGCGCGUUUUGCUUCUUUGACGAUGCGCAGGUUGUGUUUACGGCGGGCGAGGAUGGCAACGUCAAGGCUUGGAGGGGCAGUUAG